CACAAGUUAAAAGAAGGCACUUUUCAGUGACGAUUUGGAAGCUUUUCUCUUCUACCAGGAUUUUCCAGCUUUCUAAUAUCUGCCCCCCUUUGAAAGUUUUGCUGAAAGUGGCUUUUGGCCACAGCGAGGAAACUUACAAGAAAUUUCCAGCACAUUCCUGCUCAUAGAUUUUUGUGAUUCUUCGGACGGCAUAAGGAAGUAGCAAACUGCAAGUACUAGCUGUUACUACUAAAAAAAAAACCUGUUGUUUUUUAAUUGUACUUUCUAGCAAGCAAAAGACUGUAGAACUGACAGAACAGUAUUGCAAUGACCGAUCGUGUUCUCAGCUGAUUAGUUUACAGGAGAUUUGCCUUGACAAAGAAGGCCCUUUGUGUUUAAGAGGUGUAGCUCUUGAGAAAGUUUUGGUAUGCGACGACAUGAAAAAUCUUCACAUUUCUGCUGUGUUCAAAUAGUAAAGUUUGAAAGAAUUUUACAUUUCAGAUCUCUUCAGAACACCACAUUGUAAGAGACAGAACAGUAUGUGAUCUUGGGGAAAUGUCAUUAUUGUGUAAUUUAAUAGAACAUAUUCCCUGGGAGUAAUCACAGUAUCUGUACCAGUAUUUAUUUGAACAGUAGGACUACUACUGUAAUUUGCCCACCAUGGAAGCAAACCAAACAUCUGACAGAAGUGAGCUCUCCAAUCUAGAAAAAACAGCAGAGUCUGAAGCAGGCCAGAAUCUCUUCACCAAGUUCUCUAUGAAAACGCUUUUUGGAUUUACAGCAAAAUUGGAAUCAGGAACUUCAAAAGAACAAGCAGUUCUGAAAAGUUUUCAGAGUAUUGAUGGUGAUAUCAACAGCCAUGCUGACAACCAGAAAGAGAAACACACUAUUAGUGGAGACAAUAAUCCAGAUACAGUUCAUUUACUUCCAGUAAUGCCACAGCCUGAAAGUGCAAGCAGCGAUCAAGCCACUCUGCAAGCUAGCUCCACAUUUAGUUUGCAGGGUGAUUUCACUGCCCUUGGUGUCUCAGGGUUGAGUGAUUAUGCUCCAAAUGGCCUAGAAGCUGUUGAUGCAGCCUCUAGUAGUUGUAAAACUGAUGUUGGGAUCCCUGUUGACUCCAGAGUCACAGAUGAUAACUGUAUUGGAGAUGUAGACACUACCCAUGCAUCAGAUGGCCACGGGGCUGAUGUUUAUGGCCUUGCUUACUUGGAACAUGAAGAAAUGCAACAGAAUGGACCUUCUCUUUCCAAUUUAGGCUUUGUAUGCCCUCCUUUGUCUGAAGUCAGCAAACAAGAUGACAAGGAAUCAAUUAUUGUUCAGGGUACUUUGGUUCAUACAACAAGUGACACUGAGUCAGACAGUGAGGCUACAGGCCCUGCCAAAGAUGACAAUGUAACAAACAAAUCUGUGUCUUUGGAGAAUAAUGACAAAAAUAAAGAGAAGCAGGUAACAGAAGGAGACAGAGAAACGGAUGAUACUAUAAAUGGAGAUAACACCAAGCAAACUGUGUCAAAUUCUAUAUUGCCUUCAACAGAUGGGGAUGAUACACCACAGGAAAUAUGUUCAGAUACCAGAAACCUAAUAGUAAAUAAUAAGGGCAUAGUUAGCUCACCUGCUACAGGAGAGGAUAUGCAGGAGCCAAGAGAAGAGCAAGAUUCUCUUACAAGCAUUUCCAGCACUGAAUCUCUCCAAAAACCAGCUUCAAGUGAGAAGACCUUUCAGCUUCCCGCCUUUUUUAGUGGGUUACGUGUACGAAAGAAAGGAUCUUCUGCUGAUGUGGAGGAGACCGUUACAGAAAUCAAACAGAAGGACAGUGAGUUGGCUAUGCUCAAAUUAAGACAACCUGUUAAGAAUUCCCAUAUUGCACCAGAACUGAUAAUGAAAAGGAAACCAGCAGAACCCAAAGCUGCUCCUACCUUUUUGGAACAACUGUCUCAACUCUUAGGGCCUAAAACUGAGGAUAAAGAUUCUUGUGAGGUAAUCAGUGACUCUGGCAGCCGUGAGGAUAGCCAAGGAAGAAAAUCUCCAGUGAGAGUGGAACCUACCAGUACUUCUGAGGAGAUAAAGCCAAGUCCUGCUGAAUCUGCAUUGGAUGCAUUUAAAGCUUUAUUCACACGGCCUCCGAAAAGAGAGACAACUGCAGACCCUUCAGAACUGGAAGCAAUAAAACGUAAAAUGAGACAUGAAAAAGAAUCGCUUAAGGCAGUAUUCGAAAGAUCUAUAUCAAAAUCUGGUGAUGGAGCUGCAGACACCAAACCAAUCGAUGCAAUCCCCUCAGAACAGGAUGACAAGACUCCAGGAAGACUCCAGACUGUCUGGCCACCACCCAAAGCAAAAGAUGAGGAAGAAAAAGUAGGAUUAAAAUAUACUGAAGCAGAGUAUCAGGCUGCUAUUCUGCAGUUAAAGAGAGAGCACAAAGAUGAAGUUGAAAAGUUGAAGUCUGAGUUUGAACUCAGAGUCUUUCACCUUCGAGGAGAGCAUGCUUCAUCCGUAGCAAAGCUUGAGGAAGAUAUUGCAAAUUUUAAAAAUAAACUGGAAAAUAAAUUAUGCAGGAGAAGUGAAGAGGCAAAAGAUGUUUGCAUAUCCACUGAAGACGACAACCCACCAAAGUCGUACAGAAAUGUGUGCAUACAAACAGACAGAGAAACAUUUAUAAAACCAAGCGAAGAUGAAAACCGAACAGUGAAGAAUAACCAAAUAAUACCUAAGAAGCUUACAAUCCCGCUUUUGAAUAAUAAUAUUUCUGCCUCAGGUGACUAUAAGGAAACAGGCAGUUCUAACCACGUCUCAGGGAGUGUUCAGUCUCAGUCAGAUCAAAGGUUGCCACUGCCACCACCGCCGCCACCACCACCACCACCUCUUCCAGCUUCACUGUUGGGGUCUAUCACUCCACCACCUAGCUUACCACCAGAUUUGAGGUCUGCCCAUCCGUUACCACCACCACCACCUCCACUUCCUGCAGCUUUGGGAUCUUCUCAUUUACCUCCGCCUCCACCACCUCCACCACCAGGGCCUCCUCCAUCAGGAGCGGGUCUUCCUCCACCUCCUCCACCACCACUUCUUGGAUCUAAUGUGUUCUUACCAUCAAGGCAAGGUCCUCGAAAACCUGCAGUAGAACCUUCUUGCCCCAUGAAGCCACUCUACUGGAAUAGAAUACAAAUAAACAAUGGAAGGGGACCCAGUUCAAAAUCAACUUUAUGGGAAUCAUUAGAAGAACCCAACAUAUUUGAUACCAGUGAAUUUGAGUACUUAUUCUCCAAAGAAACAGCUCAGGAAAAGAAAAAGCCAUUAGUGGAAUCAUAUGAAAAGAAAACAAAAGCCAAAAAGAUUAUCAAAUUGUUGGAUGGAAAGAGAUCGCAAGCUGUGGGAAUUUUGAUAUCCAGUUUACACUUGGAGAUGAAAGACAUACAACAAGCUGUACUAAAUGUGGAUGAUUCAAUAGUUGACUUGGAAACACUGGAAGCAUUAUAUGAGAAUAGAGCACAGAAGGACGAACUGCAAAAAAUAAAGCGGCAUUAUGACACUUCAAAAGAAGAUGAAGUAAAACUUCUGGACAAACCAGAACAGUUUUUAUAUGAAUUGUCACAGAUCUCCAAUUUUGCUGAACGUGCCCGAUGUAUAAUUUUUCAGUCUGUCUUCAAUGAAGGGAUAACUGCAGUGCGUCGAAAAGCUGAUAUUAUUCAUCGUGUUUCGAAGGGCCUACUCGAUAUGGAAAGUGUGAAGGUCAUUUUAGGUUUAAUUCUGGCUUUUGGAAAUUACAUGAAUGGUGGGAAUAGGACACGUGGUCAAGCAGACGGAUUUGGUUUGGAAAUACUUCCCAAACUGAAGGAUGUUAAAAGUAGAGACACUGCCAUCAGUCUUGUGGAUUAUGUUGUAAUAUAUUACCUUCGCCAUUGUGACAAGGAAGCAGGAACAGAUAAAAGUGUGUUUCCACUACCAGAACCUCAAGAUUUAUUCCAGGCAUCCCAAGUUAAAUUUGAAGACUUAAUAAAAGAUUUGCGAAAACUGAACAGAGAUCUAGAAGUUUGUGAAAAACAGAUGAAAGUGGUUUUUAGAGACUCAUCCGAAGAACACCUACAGCCCUUCAAGGAUAAAUUAGAAGAUUUUUUUCUGAAAGCUGUAGAAGAGCAUAAGACAGAAGAGAGCCAUUUGGAGAUGGUACAAAAGUGUUUUGAAGAAACAGUGGGGUACUUUGGAAUAAAGCCGAAAUCUGGUGAGAAGGAGAUCACGCCGAACUACGUUUUCACAGUAUGGUAUGAGUUCUGCAGUGACUUUAAGACCAUUUGGAAACGAGAGAGCAAAAACAUUUCCAAAGAAAGACUGAAAGUGGCCCAAGAAUCAGUGAGCAAGAUAACUGCAGAGAAGAAAGUAGAAACCAAGAAAAUCAACCCUACCACCAGUCUGAAAGAAAGACUACGUCAGAAGGAAGCCAGCGUGGCCACCGGCUGAAAGAAGAAGACACAUAAAUGACAGUGUGAUUUAA